ACAGAAGUGCCGAAGUCAGUCUCGCGCGGAGUAGUGCUGCUGGCUACGCGUAAUCUUUAUCUCGUUUGAUGUAACACCCGUUCUUUUGCCCGUUCGUUAGCUCGAGUGCACAUAAGUAGUUGCAUGUAGCUAAUUCCAUCACGUGGAAGCACAUCUGUUGGAGCUUUUUUUUCACCUAUGUGCAAAUGUGGUGCUGCCAAAUAUAUAUAGGAAUUAACCAUAGUGUUUGACAUAUAUCGGUUAUGAUCAUUGUAUCGUUGUUCUGGUAUAGUCCAUUAGGUAGUGAAAAAUGUUGAACGAAGAAGUGGACGACACCGAGUUCUUCCAGCAGGACUUCACCACUGCCUCGGAGUGGGAGAUAUUUAAUGCGCGGCUGGAAGAAAUAUUCCACGAGUGGAAGUUAUCCUAUGGGACAUCCGGACGCCGAGCAUCACUAAAAAGAGACCAGCUGUCACUUUGCGAGUGGACUCUUUCGCAGGAGAGAGUCAAGUUUGCCGACGUUGAAUUGGAUAUUGUUCGUUACAAAGCCAAUAUCCCAGAAAUCCCGGGUGAAUCGACCGGUAAGGAUGGUGAUGAAAGUGCUGAUUGUCAAGCGUUUGUCGAUUUGAUGGCCAAUGAAAAUGAUUAUUGCAUCAUUGAUCAGAAGGUAGAUGAAGAGUUGCAUCCACUGGCCCAGUGGUACGGACUUAGAGAGUUUGUCGUUGUGGUUCCGGUGAAGAACUCCGUUACCAACGAGAGCCAAAUUCGUAUCCUGAUGAGCUCUAUCCAUUUUGCUGUGUCGGAGAGCAAUUGUGAUGUUCCGGUGUUUGUUCAAGCGUUGGACAAAGUUCAAAAUGUAUUUUUGGGAGUUUGCGAGUUCGCAUCGACGAGAUUAUCGUUUGAUAUUGUCCAUUUGAAUAUAACACCCCCGACGUGCAAGUAUCUUUCGGGAUUGCUCGACGUCUUCAAAGGCAAAAUCGGAGUGCCAUAUGUUGAUCCGGUUGCCGUUUCGGUUCGGUUUACAUACUCGUUGUCCAAGUUUCUGAGUGUUGCGUAUGUCAUCGCUAAGAAGAUUCCAUUCUCCGACACCAGCACAGAAGAAGAUAAAGUAAACUCAAAAAUUUCGCUACCAUUUGGAGUUGCCAUCGAUCCGGUAUCCGAGCUGGUCCUGCAUUGUACCUGGCCGCAUGUGGCCGACAACGUGGUGAUUGAUUCCCAGUCAUAUUCUGACUUUGAUCCAUUGACGGCUCCGGUUUGGAGUUUGAGAACACGCUUUGAAGACACACCGGUAUGCUACAUGUCUGACUGCAUACAAGAAUUUUUGCAAAUUUCCGAGUCACGUCGAGCCCUUACUGAAUAUUUCCCAGAAUUUGCAUACGGAGCUUCACAAAGCUUGGAAGGAACGAAAGCGUUAGAACGUUUAACUGAGUCGAAGAUACCAACAUUGACUUCUGUAAUGUCGGGCUCCACUGCUACUAAAGAUGUUCAUAAAUUGAUUGGCCCUCUGAGCGAUGAGCUUCUAAAAGACAUGCUGUACUAUAUGUUCCCGGAUGCUCAGAAUGAUGCGAUUAACAGCUAUCAGCUAUCGUCACCGGGACAAACGGAAUUUGAUCCACAGAGAAUCAAAACUGCCCAACUGGAUUCAUUGGUUCACCGUUUGGCAACAUUGUUAUCUGUCUGUAACUCCUACUAUGGCGGAAAGCGUGCAGUAGCUCAACUAUGGGCCGAGUUUUCCCAGGAGAUGCGAUACCGAGUAGAACGCUGCAUUCAUAUUCCAGGAGUCGCCGCCGGAUUCCCAGAUUCGAGAACAUGCCUGCUCCACCAGAAGCUGCAAAUGCUGAACGUGUGCAUGGAGCGCAGAAGAAUUCGUGAAGGAGGGCUGCCCUUCUCGAUGACCGGUGGCGAAGAAAGCACAUUGGCAAGCCGCGAGGGAAGCCACGAAUCGGAGGAUGAGUUUUUCGAUUGUUCCGAUGAGGAUGAUGAAGAAUCUAAGAAGCGUCACGCCCCCUGGAAUCAACCGGUUGGGCGUCUCUCGAAGCUGGGCAAAAUGCUACUGGUCGAGUCGGAUGAGCCACUAUACAUUCCAAUCACCCAAGAGCCGGUACCGAAAACCGAAGACCAACUCGAGGACGACGCUGAAGUGAUGCUAAAGCUGGGCCCUGGCAGCGAGUUGUGCACCCAAAUGAUGAGUGCUUCGCUGCUAUCCGAUAUGGAAAGCUUCAAGGCGGCCAAUCCUGCCGGCAAGUUGGAAGAUUUCAUACGUUGGUACAGCCCUAGGGAUUGGAUAGAGGAGGACACCGACGAGAGGGAUCCAUUUGGGAGAAAAGGGCACCUGAGCUCUCGGAUGAUGAUUCCGGGAAAUACUUGGCAGACGGUUUGGGAGGAUGCUAGACCAGUUCCCGCCAGGCGUCAAAGACGCUUAUUCGACGAUGCUAAGGAAGCGGAAAAAGUGCUACACUAUUUCGAUUCAAGAACCUUGGGACAGAUUGCUCAAUUGACAAUGUCGGCGCUAUUCCAUUCAGCUAUCAGAACACUUCACAGUGAAGCUGAAACCGACAUUGAAGUGAUCCCGCACUUUGCCGAGAAUUUUGAAAAAAUAACAAACACAUGUUGCAAAUUAUCGCGCGAAAAUUGGAUUUCCAGCGCGCCAACUUCCCGGGGAACAUCCACGAAAAAGUUCGAGGCGCUGCUCUCCGACAUCACCCACCUGGAGAAUGUGAUUAUCCAAGUGAGAAGCCUACGCAAAAAGCUUUUCUCCUCGCCCACGGAUGGAAACGAUGAAACUUCGGAUACAGAUUCGGAGCGAAAAAUGUUAUCUUCGUUGCUAAAAGCACUCGAGAGCGAACUAGAUGAUGGAGCGAAAAGCGCUAUGGCGAAGCGGGUGCUGGGCAUGUUCACCGAGGCCAAGAUGGCCGCGAAUGAACAGACGAAUGAGCAGACCGUUGCGUUGGUAAGCUUUAUGCUCGCUGAUGGAGCUUAUGUUACCCUACCGGAUCCGGUUGAGAAACAAUUCACCCUGAGACUGGGCGGUAAAACGAUUAACAAAGGCAUUGGUUCUCCGCAGUUCAUGAGGGCGAUCCUGACCCACAACGAAUUCCGUCUUUGUGGAGCGUUUAGCCAGAAUACAACAUUUUAUUAGGUUGCGUUCAGAGUGUAUGUAAUUGAGAGUGGCGGCGACAUGUGCCAGUUGACAGGUCUCCUGCUCGUUUGGAACGCGAUUUUGUAUGGGCAUAACAGAUGAAUUUUGUUCCAAUUUUAACAGUGUCGCCACUCUUAAUUACAUACACGUUAUCAGGUUGCGUUAUGAUCGUUUGUGAAAAUUAUUUGUAAGGCAUGUAUGAAACUGGAUGAACAUAAAAUUAUUCCAUUCAAUGUUUGUUUGAUUUUCUAUUUCAAAAUAAAAUAAUAAAAUAUUGAAAA